AUUCAGUUUGUGGAGUAACUAGCGUAAUAAAUAGAGGUGGAACACCGUUUUCAUUUAAGUUCAGAUUAAUAUAUAUUUCGUUGUUUUUUUUUUUUUAUUUUUAUAAAAAUAUUAUAUUUAUUUUUAAAAAAUGGGUCGAAAAGUUUAUGUUAUUGGAGUUGGAAUGACCAAAUUUGAGAAACCUGGUCGCCGAGAAGAUUUCGACUAUCCUCAAAUGGCAGUUGAAGCAGUUACCAAAGCUCUUCAAGAUGCUCGUAUCAGCCAUGGUCAAAUACAACAAGCUGCUGUUGGAUAUGUUUAUGGUGAUUCAACAUGCGGCCAAAGAGCACUUUAUGAAGUUGGAAUGACUGGAAUACCAAUAUUCAAUGUAAAUAAUAACUGUGCUACUGGAUCUUCAGCACUUUUUUUAGCCAAGCAAUUAGUUGAAGGUGGUCAAAGUGAUUGUGUCCUUGCUGUCGGCUUUGAAAAAAUGGAACGAGGUUCUUUAGGAGCAAAAUUUAUGGACCGUACAAAUCCAAUGGAUAAACACAUUUCUCUCAUGGCUGAACUUGCUGAUUUUGAUGCAAGUCCACCAACUGCUCAAAUGUUUGGAAAUGCAGGUAUUGAACAUAUGCAAAAAUACGGCACGAAACCAGAACAUUUUGCAAAAAUUGCUUACAAAAACCACAAACAUUCCGUAAAUAAUCCAUACUCACAAUUUCGUGAUGAAUAUACCUUAGAACAAAUUCAAAAUUCUCCAAAAGUUUAUGGACCAUUAACAAAAUUACAAUGCUGUCCUACAAGUGAUGGAGGAGCUGCUGCAAUUCUUGCAUCUGAAGAUUUUGUACGACGACACGGUUUGGAAAGUCAAGCUGUGGAAAUUGUUGGUAUGGAAAUGACCACAGAUUUACCAUCAACGUUCACGGAAAGAAGUCAUAUGAAAAUUGUGGGUUAUGAUAUGUCCAAAUACGCUACUGAUAAACUAUUUAGUAAAGUACCAUAUCAACCAACAGACGUGCAAGUUGUGGAAUUACACGAUUGUUUCUCAGCUAAUGAACUAAUUACAUACGAAGCUCUAGGUUUGUGUCCACCUGGUGGAGCUGGUGCUUUAAUUGACAGUGGAAAUAAUACUUAUGGUGGAAAAUAUGUUAUUAAUCCUAGCGGUGGUUUAAUUUCAAAGGGGCAUCCAUUAGGAGCAACUGGUUUAGCCCAGUGUGCUGAACUUUGUUGGCAAUUAAGAGGAGAAGCUGGUAAACGACAAGUACCGAAUGUCCAAUUAGCAUUACAACAUAAUAUUGGUCUAGGUGGAGCUGUGGUUGUUGCAUUAUAUAAACUUGGUUUUCCAGAAUAUUCAAAACGCAGACAAGUAACAACAAGACAAACUUCUGGAAGUUACGGUCCAGAUGAUUUUGUUGUAACACCAUAUAUGAAAAUAUUCGAACAGCUAAUGAAUGAAGAUGAAGAUAACUUAAUCGAAAAGUUCCGUGGUAUUUAUGGAUUUAAAGUUAAGAAUAAGGAAGGUAAAGAGGCUUAUUGGGUUAUCAACGCAAAAACUGGCAAAGGAAAGGUUACAUUUGGUGGAAAAGAAAAAACCGAUGUCACAUUCAUAAUAAAUGAUGAAGAUGUUGUUGAUUUUAUAUUAGGAAAAAUAAAUCCACAAAAGGCAUUCUUCCAAGGUAAAGUGAAAAUACAAGGUAAUAUGGGAUUAGCCUUAAAAUUAACUGAAUUACAACGUUUAGCAAAAAAUAAAAUUGAUACAAUUCGAUCAAAAUUGUAAAUAAAAUUUUAACCUUUUCUGAAAUGACAACCUUAGCGGAAUAAAAAAAAAACUAAUGGAAAGUUACGGCUUGCGGGGUACGCCGUUUAAAGGGCGAUUAUAUUUUGUAUUUUUAUAUAUAUAUAUAAAUAUAUUUGUGAAUUUUUAUGGUCACGUAGUUGUUAUUU